GUAGUCCACUGUCCGUGUAUGUAACCGCACCAAGGUCCCUGCAAUGUGAUUUCCUGACAUUGAUUUGUUUUCAUAUGAUUUAACCCGCUGACUUCACCACAUUAUGCACCAGAUUUUAACAUGGGGAAUCAUUAGCAGGUGAAACACGGAAGAAACCGAGGAAAAAGCCGGGAUGGCAGGCGCCUUUGGGUUCAAAGGCUGCCAGAAAAUUCGAGGUCCGCAGAUUAGAAAUCUGUUGGAGGCGAAGGACUUCUUUCUCUUCGACUGCGACGGGGUCAUAUGGCACGGAGAGAAGGCGAUAACGGGCGCGGCGAAGGUGGUGAAUUCGCUGAUCCGGCACGGAAAAAACGUGGUGUUCGUCACCAACAACUGCACCAGGCCCCGGGAGAAUUAUGUGCACAAGUUCUACCGACUGGGCUUCACCGACGUGAUGCUGGAGCAGAUCUUCAGCUCGUCGUACUGCUCGGCUCUCUACCUGAGAGACGUCGUCAAGGUCCGCGGCCAGGUGUUUGUCAUCGGCUGCGACGGACUGCGCCGAGAGCUGCAGGAGGCGGGCAUCCCCUGCGUGGAGGAGGCGGAUGAUCCGGACGCCACCAUCUACGACUGCGCCUUGGCUCCGGACGUCAAGGCAGUGCUGGUGGGACAUGAUGAUAAACUGACUUUUCUCAAACUGGCCAAAGCCUCGUGUUAUUUGAGGGACCCGGAUUGUCUGUUCCUGGCCACCGACAACGACCCCUGGCACCCUCUGUCUGGUGGAAGGAUACUGCCAGGUUCUGGGUCCCUCACUGCAGCCCUGGAGGUGGCCUCCGGCCGUAAGGCCACUGUGAUCGGCAAGCCCAGCCGCUUCAUGUUCGAGUGCAUCUCCAGCCAGUUCAUGGGGGUGGACCCUGCCCAGUGCCUGAUGGUCGGGGAUCGCUUGGAGACAGACAUGCUGUUUGGGUCCAACUGCGGCCUUGACACCAUGCUCACUCUCACCGGCGUGUCUCAGAUUGAGGAAGCCCAGGAGUACAGGAAUAGUGAGCUGACCACCAACCACAGCUUGGUGCCCGACUACGUGGUGGACACCAUCGCCGAUUUCUUACCUGCUUUUGAGGAACUGGACGAACAGAGCAAUUGACGAGUCCUUUCGCCUGCAGUACAAAGCCCAGACUGCUUCAACUACAUUUCAAGUGCAAUGUUUAGUCUGCAAAAAAAAAUUCCAAUCCACAAUUAUCAAAAAUCAUAAAUGUCCUCAGUAACAAGGCGCUGUUUUUGUUGUGACACGUGUAGACCAGAGUAUUCUCCUUAGUCAGAGUAAUCCAGUGCAUACCUCAGUGUUUCUUAUAGUGUUGUGCUCAUUUGUGACUUGACAGUUCCUUGUUGCUGUAAGUGUUUAUAUUAAUAUAUGAAUAUACUGCACUUGCUUGUUCAUAAAGUUCAUAGGUCGUGUUUGAUAUUGGGGUUUUGAACAUUCAGAGGUAUUUUUGUAAAGCCAUGAAUUGUUCUGUAAUGGGAUUCAUGUGUUUACAAGCUGAUUGAUUUUUUUUUUUGCCAAGAAGGCAGACAUGUACUUACUAACAUAGAAUUGUUUCCUCAUAUGUAUUUGCCCAGGCGUGAUUUCUCCUUGAUUGAUUCAUGGCAAGAGGAGAAAAUAAAAACUGUGAGCUUUUCUCAGCUCUGGUAGAGACUGAGAUGACAAUCUGCCAGUCAGACAAGUGUAUAUUCACUUUUGGCCUUUCUGUCAUGUCUGUACUACUUGUGCCAAUAUUCAUCUGCAUAAUACACAGCGUGCUGAAUCUCAUAGUUAGAAAACCAGUAGCACGCUAAUGGUGACCGAUCAUACUGUUGUGGAAUUUCAAUGUUGUUAAUGUUUACCAUAUAGAGCAUGCCAGCAAUG